CAUUCCGCCAUCUUCCACAGGGACAAAGUGACGAAGAAGAAACUGGUACAGAAAUAGCGGAUCUGAGUAUACAUCUUCCUCACCAGAGUCAGAUGGAUCUGGUCCCCGCCGAGGACACUCAAAACAGUCAUAGAGUUUGUGGUGAUAAGGAAGCUGGGACUUCAUGGAUUAACAUGAACGAGGUUGUCACUGAACCACAACACGAUUCCAGAAGCAGUAACAUGAAUAAGACAGCAGUUAACCACGAUGAUUUCUCCAAAGCUGCAAAGCUGGACCUUGACACAACAACAGCGAAGUCAGUGGGAGAAGACGUUAAUGAACCACCAUCAUAUCAGAUAAAAAUGUAUAAUGGCGCCACAGAGCAGAAUAACCUGGAGGAAACUGCAAGACUUAACACGAGUACUGCAAUGAACAACAAACCUUACAGCGUGGAUGAACCCAAAGGGAGUCUUGUGACCUGUGUCUCGACGGAGCCCCCACCACUUGGUCUUAGACAGAAGAAAGCAAACCGUAGCGAUAAAUAUUCUAUCGAAAAGGACCUGAAGGUGGUGCUCCUGAUGUCAGUGAUGUAUGCUGCUGACAUCGGUGGCACUGGCAUUAUUACCGGCACUGGGCCAAACAUCUUCUUUAAGGGAUUUCUAGAAGAGUAAGUUAUUGAGUUCAAGAUCAAUGCUGUGUCAUUUAUCGAACUUUCAAAAUAUUGGUUUUCAGUUAUACUGUAUUGUAUUAAAUUGUUCUGGGUUGUAUUGUAUUAAAGUGUAUUGCGUCGCAAUGUAUUGUAUUGGUCUCCAUGAACCGCCGAACUCUUGAGGGUAAAUCAUCAGAGGCUCGAUUCUCCGUCAUCUAAUCGCUGCCCGGUUUCUGAUCAUUCAGGCUGUUAUUGAUGCUCAAAAUGUUGGGAUAUUUCAACUUUUUCAGUGUUUCACACUACUUGCAAUAGAGAUUAUUAUCAUUAUUAUUACAGUUGUUGCUGUUGUUUGUGUUGCUAUUGUUUGUUGCUUUUUAAUGUAAUCAUU